AUGGCUGCUCGAGUUUAUGGGAAGCGCCAGAAUGUCGCCGUCACAAGGCUCGACGGGAAGGGGCCCAAGACUACGACGUGCGCCCAGCGGAUCGAGGAAUUCACGACCCGGGAGCGGAAGCAGUUGACGUUGAGCGAGAUCCAGGUUCUCGACGUCGAGAACCUCUUCCGCACGCAGGACAUCGAUGGCGCAGGCAUGCUGUGCCGCGGCUCGCUGACGGAGACGCUCCGAACAGUUGGCCUCGAGGACAGGCUGGGCGAGCAGGCAUUCCGCACGACAGUGCGGCUUGCCUUCGAUGCCUUCUCGGCAGACUCGCAUUUCUUGUCAAUGACAGAGUUCAAGCAGCUGUACUACCUCAUGAGCAUCCGCUUCCCCGAGCUGCUGCCACGGCAGCCAUUCCUCAAGAUCUGCAUCCUGAGCGCCAAAGGCCUCCCCGCCCUGGACAUGGGCGGCAAGUCCGACCCCUUCACCUCCGUGCAGGUGGUGGGAAAGGAGCGCUCCAAGAUGAAAACCAGGUACAUAGAGAAGACCUUGGAUCCCGUGUGGAGCGAGGAGUUCGAUGACCGAUUCUGCUAUGAACAGGGCGACGCCCUCGAGUUUUGCGUGUUCGACUGGGACAAGGGCAACAGAAGCGAACUGAUAGGCAAGGCACGCCUGGCCAGCAGCGAGUUCCACAAGCAGGGGGGCUUCCAGGGCGACCUGAAACUUACGGACUUGCCAUCGGCGGAUUUUCGGGGACCCGUGCCAACGUUGCGGGUGCGCGUGCUUGUGAGGGAGUUGGAAGCGCCGCCAUUGGAGCGAUCAGCAGCAGGGCAGUUGGUGCCGGGGCAGUGGGCCUCCUCGGAGUCGUUGCCGCCGAGGCGCAACAGCGGGCUGUCGCGCGCCCGGGCGGUGGCGCACUUCGCCGCCGCCGGCGGGGGCCUAACGGAGGGUACUGCCCCGCUGCUCGCUCCCGACCAGGGCGUCGCGCCUGUUGCAGGCAGGGCGGCGGUUGCUGGAGGCGCUCCAGAGUGA